AUGCGUGGGAGCCAGCUCCCGAUGCGUCCGUAUGAGGUGUCGUGCGUGGCAGGACCAGUUCAGCAUGCUUUUGGCACAGGCACACCGCUGUGCGCAAAUCGAGGUGCCUUUUUUCAACUGUCCGAGAAGGUUACCAAGUGGUGUGAUUCUGUCGAGGCCACGAUCGUCCAGUGGAUUAUCGACUUCGUUGCUACCAGGGCCAUUGCGUUGUUUGUAUUGCUGAAUCCUCGCCUCUCCUCUCAUCAGCAAUUUCGUCUACAUCAAAUGAUGGCAAAGGCGGUGGAACGGUCGUGGCUCCGAAGGAAGCUUGAUGUGCGAUUGUUAAAGGGUAUACUGGCGCUCGCCUGCCCUAACCGAGAUCUACUCAACUUAAUUGAUUACCUGUCUGAUACUGCUGCGUCGAUAUGUGAGAGCCAGACUCUGUUAGACCUGCAAAUCUCCUCGAGUGACACAUGUCUUCAUGCGGCUCAGUGCACACCUACUUGUCAACCUGACCACUACGCACGAAGCCAUUCCUUCCUCUCUCGACCCUCCACUGCCAUUACACCUCCUCUAAAUACUGGUGGUCUCCUUGUUGCUGGGACCUAUCCUGGCCGUUUCGCGGGCCACUCACAUUCUUGCAGUGGAGGCAGCAGCCUGCAUAUAGAAGCAAAAGUUGAGAGAAUGCAGAACAAGCCGUGUCCUGAAGUCGCCAUCAGCAUCGGUUCGUCAUUUAGUUGCAACCAAGCUGAUGAAAAAACAUUAGAUGCCGGGAAUGUAAGCAUGGAUGCUGCAGCUCCCUGCGAUUUCAGUAUGCCGGGUAAGUUGCCUGACUGGAUACGCCUACAGGCUACUUGUCCCUCGUCAGCAACAGCUUUUCCAAUCACCACCAGACCUUCAGUGGGGAGAACAGGAGCAGCUUCAGGGCAUACAGCUAGAGAGAGUGCUCCAUCUGCUCAGUGUCCACGGAUCUGCUGUUCACAGUCGCUUUUGAGAAACCUGCAACACGCAAGUGUACUUCAAGAAGGAUGUCUUCUUCAUCAACCUCUGGCCCUUGCUCAGCCUCAGCAGUCCCAGGUGGUUCUAAAGGGGCCAUCGAGUUUAGCAGCAGCAGCAACAUCAAUAACCGUGUCACCAGCAGCAGCAGCAAGAGUGCCAGCAGCAACAGCAGCAGGGGCUCCCAUGCUAGUACCUGCAGAAACUGUCUCAUCAUCAUCGGCGUUGAUCCUGGUACCAGGAGCAUCGAUGGUAUCAAUACGACCGACACCCUUUUGGUGGCUGCUGACUGAGUGGUUCUGUGUGGAUCAUGACUUGGUGGCGGCCAUGCCUCCUGCUGUGCAGCGGUCUGUGUUGGAGGGGCUGUGUGGGGACCACAUGGAUGGCAUGCUUCGGCUCGUGCACACUGCAUCAGCCAUGCCGCAUGCCUGCUGUCACCAGGUUGUGCUGCCAGAGCUGUUUGCCUGGUUACGGGAGCAUCCUCCCACGUGCUGCAUCUCGCUUGAGCCUCUUGUAUCACAGGAUGGACGCGUUUGCUCAGAUGUUGUGGCUGUGGUGCAGCAGAUGCGCAAGAGACAGAGCAGUGGCAACAGUGCCAGCAACCAACCAAAGCUCCAUGCAGAACUGCAAGGCGGAAUUGGAAGCGAUGAAAUGACAGUGUCUGCUACAGUGCUGCCGCAAUUGGUCAAAAUGGAGGACAACGCCCCAGCUCCACCGCCCAGUCUGGACCAGAAUUCUCUUUUGUCCUCGCCGCAAGUGCCAACGGACGAUGCACAGGCGGCAGAAGGGGCAGCAGCAGGAGCAGCUGCGGUAGCGGGAGGGAAGGAGGCUGUUUCGACUUCUGGGAAAGUCGCUGUUUCUGAGCCGCCUCGUUCUCGCUCUCUCUCCCAGUCUUCCCACUCCGCCUCUCAUUCGCACUCCCAUUCGCAAACGCCCAGGUCCAAGCCAGGACUCACGCGGUCCCCCUCCUCCGCCUCCUCCACAGCCUCAUCGCUUGCCUCCCCUUCCAAACACUCCUCAAGGUCGUCCUCGUCUCGGUCCCGCCAGGACGAGCCAUCAGGCCUCAAGCCCCGCAUGCCCUCGUCCGCCUCUUCUGAAGCUACAAGCUCGCCCCGCCCGCGCCACAGGACGAGGGAGGAGGGCAAGGAGGAGGACGGGAGCAGGGACAAGGAGAGGGAGAGACGGGAGAGAGACAAGGAUAGGGAAAAGGACAAGGACAGGGAUAAGGACAGGGAGAGGGAGAAGGAGAAGGAGAAAGAAAGGCGAGAGAGGAAGGAUCGGAAGGAGAGGAAAGAUAAGGAGAGGGAGCGGGAGAGGGUAAGCGAAGGGUCAAGGGGCAGCGACGACGACCAUGCAGUGACGUUGUUACAGGAAGAGGUGGCACGGCUGGUGAGGGAGAAGGAGAGUGAAGCAGCUACAGCCGCAGCAGCAGCUGCAGCAGCAGAGGCGAGUGCGGUGGCAGCGCGAGCAGCGCUAGAGGAGCAGGUGGCGGCUCUCAAGGAAGAGCUGGAGGAAGCGCAGGACAUCAUAGUCACUCUCUCGCAGGCAAAAGCUGAUGCUCAGAAUUCUCUGCUGAGGAAGGAGGAGGAGAUGGAGGUGUUGGCGCGCCAGUGGCAGCAUCAGUUGGCAGAGUACCAGUCAGAGCUGCAGCAGCUGCAAAUCAAACUUCAGGAGGCCCAGAAGCAGCUGCAAGAGAAGCAGCAGCAGCAGCAGCAGCAGCAGCAGCAGCAGCAGCAGCAGCAACAGCAGCAACAGCAACAGCAUCAUGAGUCCCCUGCCCCAUCGCCUUCCCUUUCCCGGGCUGCACGACAGGCAGAGCAGGUGGGUAACACGGUCCACAGCCGCCCAUUCCCCUCCCAUGCCUGCAACUGCCACCUGCCGACGCUCCACAGCCCCCCUGGCUUACACAGUCUACCCAAUCGCAAUCUUAUCCAAUCCUCGAUUCAACAAUCUGCCGGCCAUUGGUGUGAGCAGGAGAUAAGGCAGCUGCAGGAGGAGGUGGAGCGGUGGAAGGAGCACUCAGCGGAGCUGGCGAGGGAGCGGAUGGACAAGGAGGACGAGCUGCUCGCCAUGCAGGAGGACUGGAACAAAACGGAGUCGGAACUGCGGGUGCGGCUGACCCAGCUAGAGGCCGAGCGCAAUCACUGGCAGAAGCAGUUUGCCGAGGCGUCAACCGGCCAGGCUGCAGCUGCGCAUCGCCCUCCCUCCCCCGCCAGCAGUGCCUUUGCGUCCGCGUCUUCUGCUGUGACAGCAGGAGACACAGGCGGAAACGGUGACACUGGUGACAGUGGUGGUUUGAAUGGUAGUGAGGGUGGAGAUGGGGUGGGAGCUUCAAAUGAUUCGGUUACAGGAGCCGCAGCAGCUGGAGCAGGGGAGAAUUCCGAAGAGCGAAUAGCCAAACCUUCUGAUGCAGUUGCAGUAGCAGCCGGAUCAGGAGCAGGAGCCAGGGAAGGAGCGGGGAAGGAAGAGGAGUUGGCAGCAGUGCAGCAGGAGCUAGUGGUGUGCCGGGCAGAGGUGGCGCAGCUGAAAGCAGCAGAGGAGAGGCUGAGCCACGAGGUGCAGUCCCUAGGAAAGGAGAAGCGUGAGCUGCAGAGAGAGGUGGGGUCGCUGAAUGAAGAGCUCAGGACGGAGAGGGAACUGUCUGCGGAGGCUGGGGUGAUGGCCGAGCAGGAGUGGCAGAAACGGCAGGAGUUGGAACGGGUGAAGAGAGAUCUGGAGCGGCAGCUGGCCAAGGCUAAUGCGGCUCCGGCUAGCACUCCUGCUGCUGCUGGUACUCCUGGUGGGCCUGCUGGUGGCACGCCUGCUGGUGUUGGUGAUCACAGGGCGGGAGACGGGACACUUGGGAUGCAGGGGAAAGGGGCAAUCGGGGCAGGUGGCGCAGCAGGGCAGGGCGGAGAAGGAGGUGACUCAGGUAUGUUGCCCAAGUCCCUGGAGUCUGCCUUUGAUGGGGCGGCAGACACUGGAGACCACAUGCAUGGAGGAGGAGGUGGAGGAGGAGGCGAGACGAGAGGUGAUUCAGUAGCAAGCGGUUCCACCAGUGGUAAUGGUGGUGGUGAGGGUGGUGGGAAUGGUGGUGGAGAGGCCGCUGCUGCUCUGCGGGAUGCGCAGUCGGCAGCAGCAGCGCUGGGGCUAGUGAAGGAGCAGCUGGAGCUGCAGGUGAAGGCGCUGAAAGAGCAGGGCGAGAUGCUGCAGCGGAAAGCAGAGGCUCUCCAGCAGGAGGUGGCAGUGCUGCAGCGGGAGGUGCAGGAGGGGCGGCACAAGGUGGCAGAGGCACGGGAGGAGCAGACCAGAGCCGAGCAGGAGCGGAACAGCGAGGUGAUGAAGAGUGCGUUCAACCGCGUGUGCUUGCAACUGGUAGGGGAGGCGAAGGAGAGGGUGGAAGAGGAGGCGGCGGCGGCAGCAGCGCUGGUUGCAUCAGCGAACGAGAGGGAGAAGGCGGCGGAGAAGUGUCUGUUUGCGCUGCUGAGCGAGGUGGCGCGGCUGGUGAAGGUGCACGAGGUGCAGGCGAGGAACAAGGGCGCUGCGUACCAUCGGUACCGCAUCACUCUGGCGGACAUUGAGAGCGUGAAGGAGGACCUGCAGGAGGUGGUACGCUGUGUGGAGACUCACGCGGCUGUGGCCGAGCGAAGCCGCGUGAAGGGAUGGUCCGGGACAGGCUCGGAACUUUCCGGCAUGACUGAUGCCAUUGCUGCUGCCUCUGCUGCUGCUUCGGCUGCUGCUUCGGCUGCUGCUUCGGCUGCUGUGUCUGCUGCUGGUGGUGCGUCGUCGGUUGUGGGGGCCGGAGGCGGGGGAGGAAGUGCAGGAGGGGCUGAUUGGGCGGGGGCUCAAGGCCGGGGAGUGCAGGUGCAAGGCAGAGACGAGGACCCUGCAGCCAGCGCGCUGCUGGCAGAGCUUCUGGAGAAGGAGCUCGACAGGGUGAUGAGCAGGGUCGCAGAGGCGGAGAAACUGCAGGCAUCAAUCGAAGCGGUGGUGGUGGAGGAACGGAGAUUAGUAGAGGAUGUGCAGCGGGACCUGCAAGCAGUGCAGGCGAAGCUGGUCGAGGCGGAGAUGAUUCGCGAGCAGGCAGAGGCGCUGCGAGAGACAGAGCGGGUUCUGAGCAAGGAGAUUGAGGAGGAGGGCAAGGAGGCGAAGGUGCGGGCUUUGGAGGAGGAAGAGGUGGAGGGGAGGAUCAUCGCUCUAGAGGCGACGGAGCAGGUGAUACGAGCAGAUCUGGAAGAGAAGAGCCUGCGGCUGAGGCAGAUUGACCGGGACCAUCCAGAUCUGAGUGCGGCUGUAAGCAUAGCAGGAACGGGGGAGGGUGGUGCAGCAGCAGGGUUGAAGAAACUGUUUGCUCUUGGGAGGGCGGCGGAGCCUGCGGUUGUGGUUCCAGCGUCGCUGUCUGCUGUGGCAAAGGAACGGGCGAAGCUGCUGGAUGAGAUACGGGUGAUGCGGGAGCAGCUCAUGUGGACGCAGUCGUCGCUCAUCAAGGCUCGGCAGAGACUGCCGGAGCUGCAUCAGGAGGCAGUGGAGUGCCGGCGAAGGGUGGAGAAGAAGGAGAAGGAGGCCGUGAGGGUCAGGCAGUGGCUUCAAGACCAUGCCGCUGCUGUUGGGGGCACAGGGGGAGGAGAGACAGGAGGGGGUGGGGCAGGAGAAAGAGCAAGGGGAGGGGGAGCAGUGUCACGGGUGGGGGUUGGAGGAGGCAUGGCAAGUGUGGUGGGAGGGCUAUAUGGUGGGAUUGGAAGCGUUGCUGGUGAUAAAGAAGAUGCAGGAAAGAAGAGUGGUGGCGGUGGCAGUGUGUGGGGAUGGUGGCAGUCGAAAAAUGACGGCCACCCAUCCAGCUCACCUCGGGCACAUGCCACUGCAGCUGCUUCUGUAUCUGCAGCUGCUAAUAAUGCUGGUGCUUCUAGUGCUGCGGCUUCAAUGGUCUCUACUACAGCCACGUUGGGAUCCAUACCACCACCACCAGCAGCUGCUGCUGCAGCACCACCUCCAAAACUCCCGCAGGCUCCAGUGGUGGAGGAGCAACUGCAAGUUGGAAAUAGCCAAAUGGUGGAUGAAGGAGGGACAGCGGUGCAUAUAAGGGCGGAACCAGUGGGAGGAGGCUAUGAUGCUGGGGCGGAGGAGGAUGAGAACGAUGAGGUGGAGGACUACAUUGAGGGAGAUGAAUAUAUCGGCGAGGAGGGUGACGACGAGGAAUAUAGAGAUCAGGAUGACCAACCGAAUGAGUGUGUGCGGAUGGUGGCCUCUGAGCUCGAAGAUACUCCUGGGUUACAGGAGGAAACCUGUGAGGCAAUUGAUGAGGAGUGUAUUUAUCUCUCCACCCCCCUCCCUCUUUCACCCCUUCAUCCGAUCCCUGUCAUCUUUCCUCGCUCCUUUCCGUCUCCUUUCCGUCAUCUUUCCGUCAUCAUUCUGAUCGCCCCUAUACCCGCCCCUCCUUGCCCUCCUCCCCAUUCAAACACCGCUUUCUCUUCCUUACCCACCCUCAUCCCCCGCCGCCUUUGGUCCUACGAUCGCAUCCUCAUCGUCAUCAUAAUCGCAACCCAACCGUCGCAGCGGUACGAGCAGACGGGCAACGCCAUCUGCCUCAAGGCGCGCGACGACAAUGCGGCGGCCGCCACGCAGAGCGGCGCGUUUGACCUCAACUACGCGGACGUAAUGUUCGCCGGCGUCAACCCUGGCUCAUCCAUCAAGGACGGCAACGGUAUCUGCUACGACAGCGCGGCGCCUGGCAGCGCGUCGUUCCUAGACAUACAGUAUUACGUCAACAUCACGUCCUUCGGUCGCACCUAUGUCGCGUCGCUCCCCACACGCCUGCUGCCUGCCGUCGUCGCGCAAGCCUCGUUCAGCGUGAACGUGUGGUGGAAUCGCGUCUCUGGUGCCUAUCCGGGGCCGCCGUCCGCGGAGGACGGCAACGCGUCUGACGGCGCUGCUGCUGCUGCGAGCGCGGCGGCGGCGGCUUCUGUUGCUACUGUUUCUGCUGGUGUGGAUGCGGGCGGAACCGGAAGUUUGAAUGGCCAGCAGCAGCAGCAGCGGCAAGGAGGGGCGGAUGUGGUGGUGCUCAAUGCGGUGAACAAGGCAUCGAAGCCUCUGGAAGUGAUAGGCGCGCCCUCCCUCGUGACUCUCGACCCUGCUGACUCUCCCAAGCAGCCCACCACAGAGACUGUUGCAGCACCAGCAGCAGCCUACUCUCUCCGCUACACCACAUUCGACGUUGCCCUGCGCUACGUGCUCCCCAAGUACCUCACCCCAACCUACGCCUCCAACGGCCAGCUCUCCUUCACACCGCGGGCCUCCCAGCCAGGCGCGACCGGCGCGGCAGCCAUCCUGUUCACGUCGGAGCGAGACGCGGUGUACGCGGGCGGCGUCACGUGGAUUGUCUCGUACCUGGUGCACCGCCCGGACCCGUCGCCCUCGUCUGUGGGCUUCCAGUUUGUGCUAUUCGAAGCGUCCUUCUACCAGCCACCGCCCAACGCAACAGCCUCCGCUUCCUCUGCUGCUUCCACUUCCUCUUCUGGUUCUGCUGCCGUUGUUACCCCGAGCCCCGUGGCACGGCGGUUGCUGCUGGCGCAAGGUGCGGCAGAGGAGUGCAGUGGGCUCGUGUGCCCUGGGAGGACUGACGCGGCACGCUCCGGUGCCGCAGCCUUCGUAUGCCGGCCGCGUUACCCCUGCCCCUUGGGCUGCACCCCUGGAAAGAGCAACUACCCCAACUGCUGCCUUGCGUGCUCGGCUUCCGCGUGCCAAAUGGACGCCCUUUAUGGGUUGCUUGGUGCUGCUGGGGACAGUUUCUUUGGCCUGGGCGCUACUGCUGACUGA